AUGGUGCUCCUACGCAUCGAUGGAGGAGAGAUCACGCCGCAAAUCGAGGUCACGUACUUCGACACCAUCCUCAACUUGAAGGAGAUGAUCCAAGACGUCCUUGGCGUGGAGAUUGGGAGGCAGACCUUGGUGUAUGACGAGCGGACACUGCUUGAUGAUGAGGAGAUCCGACACUGCAUCUUCGGCCGGGACUCCGCGACUGUGACGCUUAGCGUGGCUCCAUUGCCUGAGGGGACAAAGAUUGCCGUCCAGCUCGAGUCCUCCCUGAAGCAGGGCCCUAUGAGGACCCGAGAGACGGACUCCGUCGCCGACCUAAGGAACAAAAUCGAGAGGCGAUGGGGUCUUAGGAGCUGUUCAAUCACUCUCUUUCGCCUCGACACUCAAAUGAACGAAGACCUGCCUCUCUCUGCAUAUUACGUCGUUGAUGGAACCAAGAUUGAUGUUCAAGUCACCUUAUUUGAGGAAGGUCGUUAA